AAAAACUGACGCCGUUGUUUCUCCGCGGCGACUGAGUCACCGCCAUGGCUUCGAGACGGCUCCUCGUUCUCGGAGUACUCGCAUCUGUUGUCCUGCUGCAACACGUGUCUCAUGCGCAGUUCGAUGCCAACCUGACGUUGCAGAGCUCGUUCGGCCACCUGCGCAAGCGCUCCCGGUCGCUUCUGCGCUGCUGGAGCGAGGAACGCGAUCCGGCGCACAUCGUGUUCGAGCGGCCAGGUGGCCUUCCUCGUGCCUCGCAGCGGCUUCUGCAGGACUCCGAGGCUCACAUCCUCAUCCUGCCUGGCAGCGCCGGCCUGUCGCGCACCGGUCUCUUCUCGUGCCGCGUGGACGCCGGCGGCAUACCGACUGCGGUGGCCACGCUCAAGUUGCCGCCCACCGCCGCCGCACAGGUGGAGCCACUGCAGGCAUACGUUGUGGCGCACGUGGGCGAGACUGUGCACCUGAGCGUCACCAAGCGCAUGCACCUCGCCGAGCCCCUGGUGUGGCGGCUGGAAGGAAUGGAUCUGCCAGAGUUCGCGGGCAGCGAGACGGUGACACUGGUGAACGUCGAGCAGGCAGACGCGGGAGUCUACGAGUGCCACUACCGCGGCCAGAGGGACGCCAGACUGCACGCCUGGAUACGACUCGUCGUGGCCGGUUGUCCCCGGGGCAAGUUCGGUCCCACCUGCCAAGAGGAGUGUCCCCCGUGUCGCAACGGCGGCAUGUGCCACGACACCUACGGCGUGUGCGUCUGCCCUGCGGGAUUCGCCGGACCCAACUGCGACACCCCGUGUGGUCCCAACCGCGUGGGUUCCCAAUGCGACCGCGUGUGCAGCCCGGUGAGCUCGCCGGACAGUGAGCGCCGGGGCUGCGGACUGCACGUCUUUUGCAAGCCGGACCCCAUGAGCUGCUCCUGCGCGCCGGGAUUCAAGGGACCACAAUGCAACCAAGAGUGUGAGGCGGGCCACUACGGUGCCGACUGCCUCCAACGGUGCCACUGUGCGGUGGAGGGUGACUGCGACUCCAUCACUGGAGAGUGCCCGAAAGGCUGCUCUGCUGGAUGGACGGGGGAGUCGUGCCACAUACAAGGUGACAGCCCGACGACGUCGACAAAGUCGGUACCGACGCAGAAGCCCAGCUGUCCACCGGGCUGGUUCGGAAAGGCAUGCUCGCAUCGCUGCCACUGUGCCGACGGCGAGGCCUGCGAUCCGUCUUCGGGCGAGUGCCCGGGUUCCUGCCAGCCGGGAUACUCAAGGCCCACCUGCGCUGAGUGCCUGUCCGGGAUGUUCGGUGACAACUGCUCCCUGACGUGCCACUGCUGGAACGGUGACCAGAACUGCAUGCCUGAUGGACGCUGCCACGACGGAUGCGCUGCCGGCUGGACAGGAGAGCGCUGCCAGCAAGCCUGCCCCACCAACACAUUCGGGCCGGAUUGCGCGUACGAGUGUCACUGUGCGGAGGACAGCAGUGCCUGCGAUCCCGUGUCCGGAACCUGCAGCGCCUGUGAGCCCGGGUACCAGGGCCUCAGCUGUCAGGAGAAGUGCAAGGCAGGCAAAUACGGCGAGAACUGCUCGGAGAGCUGCUCGUGCCUGCACAGCGAAACCUGCCACCACAUCAACGGCAGCUGCCAAUGCACGGGGCACCACCGGGGUCACUCGUGCGACGAAAUGGUGCCCGAGGUGCUGCCAUCGGAGGAAGUGGAGGUCGACCAGGGUCACCCAGGCUCGCUGGAGUGCCUCGUCGAAGCCAACCCCGCGCCCGUCGUGGAGCUCAGCAACCAAGAGACCCGUCAAAACCUCACCAAGGUGACGGUGAAGGACGAAGGCGGGGGCACCUACAGGGCCUCGGCGCCGCUGCCGCGGACCAUGGAGCCGGGCAGCUACAAGUUCCACUGCACUGCCAGAAAUGAGCACGGCUUCGACGUCGGAACGCUACACGUGACGGUUCUAGGACCCCCCGAGCUGACCACCGCGCCACAAGUGAAGCUGUCGGCUGACUCGGCAGUCGUAUCCUGGGAGCCUUCGAACUCGCCAGCCAAGAAGCACGGCGGGCGAGGCAACCAGAUCGAGUACCAGCUGCACGUUCGUGCGAAAGCGUCCGGCGGCAACUGGACGACGGUGGGUCCGUGGCAGACGGCCGUGCGCCAGAACGCCUCGCCACUCGAGCCCGACACCGAGUACGAGUUCGCCGUGCAGUUGCGAAGGGGCAAGCUGACGGCGUGGGGACCACCGGUGUCGGUGCGCACGCCCUGUCGAGCUGACAGCCCCGAGGCAGUCCCGAAGAACGUGGUGGCCAAGGCUCUCUCGGACAGACGCAUAUCCAUUCGGUGGGAGAAACCCGACCCGAAGCUGCUGGGCUGCAAGCUGGUCGGCUUCGAGGUGCACCUGAGCGCGCGCAACGCGCCGUCGAGCGUGCAGAGCCUGGACGCCGACACCGUGCACACUGUAGUCGACGAUCUGGACGCCGACAGCAGCUACGACGUGGCCGUGUACGCGGUCACCUCCGUGGGACGCAGCAUGUACAACGCAUCAGCCACUGCAAAGACAGCGCGAGCAGUUCCGGGCCCUGUGGAACACCUGAGCGUGGUCCGAUCGAAUGUCACCGCUGCCACGAUCACGUGGGACGCUCCUGCUGGAAUACGCCACCCGCACCACCUGGAGUACCGCGUGGCUAUCGUUGCCAGAGACCUGGGUGGAUGCGGCCUCAAGGGUUCCGAACAAGUGUCCCUCACACAAGCUACGCAGUUCCAGGUCGACGGGCUGGUGCCGCACUCGUGGUACGAGGCACGUGUGAGCGCGAGCAGCGGCCAUGGAUACGGCAAGAGGAGGGAGGUCAGCUUCCUCACUGCCACAGCACGGCCCAGCAAACCGCCUGGCAAGGUACGCGUGGUGUGGGCAUCGUCGAGGAGUCUGCACCUGAGCUGGGAAGCGCCUUCUUGUUUGGACGCACGCGGCCCGAUCCUUUACUACCACGUCCUAUACUACACCGACUUGAAGGCCGAAGACGACCAAUGGGCCAACACCACAGACACGAACCUGACGCUCCAGGGUCUAAUGCCUUUCCAGAAGCACACAAUGCGUGUUAGAGCCGUCAACAGUGCCGGAGCAGGGCCUCUCAGUCCUCGUGUGACGGUCAGCACUACAGAAGACGUGCCUGGGGAACUGGAGUGGCUUGCAGUCGCUGAUGUUAACGAAACAACUGUUCGGUUGUCCUGGCACCCUCCCGAAGAACCCAACGGAGUCCUCACUGGUUACGAGGUUAUGGUAACGGCGCAGGUCGACAACGACACGGAGGAUAACAGCUCUCUCCUCCUCGCCACGGCGGUGGGACCCGACGUCAGGGAGCUGCUGCUGUCCCAGCUCUUGAACGGACGCAGCUACACUGCCACAGUCAGGGCCACCACGAGCGUAGGGCGUGGCCCUGCCCUCGCGGUUCACUUCGCCACGCUCUCUUUGGUGGGAGCGUCGGUGCAGGAGGACAUCUACUGGUCUCUGCAUUCCAUGAUUCCAUGGGUCGUGGCUCCCUUCGGUGUCGCGAUCUUCCUACUGCUCGUCAACGCGGCGCUAGUGAUAAUUGUCAGCCGAAGGAAGCACCGUAGCCUGGAAGUCAGCAACGUUCCCUUCACGAGCUCGACAGCUUCGACCGCGGAGUGCGACGAAUUCGAGCUCUCCAAGCAUCCCGCACCGGGUGACAGUGCCUCCGAGGACGGUUUCUUAGUUGACUGGAGUCCCCCCCGCUCAUUCCAGAGCACAUAUAUCUAACGUCGCACGCACACUGUUGGCCUAUCGCCAGCAGAGCCAUCACUUCCGCGACGACGAACUUCGCAUUUUCGACCUCUUCAUCUCAGGCCACUCCUUUUGCGCUGUUCGAGUCGCCACCUCUGCGGGGUCAUUUGCGACCCUAAUCUAACAUUUGUCUCGGACAGCACUCACAGACACUCAGUGGUUUAUUUUCCAACAUUGAAAAAAAAAAGUGCAUCGCUUACGCAGUGACCAACGCUGAAACUGAUGUGUCUAUUUCAAGCGCUCAAAUCGCGUGUCAUUGGAAACUUCUUUCGUGCUUCGUUUAUAAAUGUUCUCGCUCAAUUCGUCUGUUUAUAUGCCAUAUUUAACUACGCAUAGAAAA